CUUUGUUCUCGCGUCUUGAAAGGUAGCUUCGCGUCGACUGGUCAAUAAGUCGAUCCACCUACUCAAUCAACUACCACCGAGGAAUCUCGCCAGACUUACAUCAACACGCCUCUCUACAUUUUACGUUUGGACGAAUUCUUGCAUUGCCAGUCGUCUUCACUCACCGACCAUGCUGACUCAAAUGCAAUGACUUGAAUCAAGACGACGUUCUCCGACCUCGAAUCCUAAGACACCCUACCCCACAACUUCUCACCAUGUCUGUGACAAAGCAAUUUCUUGCGGGCAUCCGCGAAAUACUGGUAGCCCUCAACGGAGAAGGCCUACGUGACUGGCUCAAGGUAGAACCGCCUUUGCCGCAAGAGUAUCUCGAUCUUGCAGCUGAGCUUAAGAGUGGCUAUCAAGACGACGAUGCGCUCGAGAAACUCGUCGAGUCCAGCCUACCAGAAGAUGACGACGUACCAGAAGGGCAGGGGACAUCGUGGUUCGGGUUCAACGCCUUCAUAAAAGACUAUCUUCAAUAUUGGCGAGAUGUGGACUUCGAAGACCUUCUAGGAGCCCAUCAGUUACUCACUGCAUUGACCAAUUCAUGUGCAACGGCGCUUAAUAAUCCCACAUAUGGAACGAUCAUGUUGCAGACAAGCAUAUCGCUUUGCGGCUCCUUCUCGACCUUGUCUAUGACCUUGAAUAAGAGACCGGAUUUGACAUCGAGGUUGGCGGCUUUACAUAGCGGCGAUGAUGAGCAGAAGUCAUUCAUCGAGAUCACGGCGGAGAUCAUGCAAAAGUUCUUCACGGCAUGCCUCACGGAUCGAUCAAGCCCGCGAUUCGCGCCGCCCACGGGCAAAAAAGUCGGCAUCUACGUCUUCGCCAACAAAACCAUGAAGCUCCUUACGAUGAACAAUCGAUCCUACUUGGCGACUCAACUCUUGACCAACCUCAUGGCAAAAUCACCGCCGCUUUCGUACUACCCAGCUUCCCAGAGGGUCACAUUUCUGUACUUCCUCGGCCGCUUCCACUUCAACCACAGCCUCUACUGGCGCGCCGCGCAAUGUUUCCAAGAAGCAUACCUGCAGACGCCGUCCCACUACCAAAAGCACCGGCGCCUCAUCCUCACAUACCUAAUCGCCGCAAAUUUCACCAUGGGCCGGCUGCCCUCCCAGUCCCUCCUCCAACGGCCCGAAGCCCAGUCCAUGGCGCAGUGCUACUCGCAGCUCUCGUCCGCGGUCCGGAAGGGCAACUACAUCGCCUUCCAGCACACGAUCAAGCAGCACGAGGACUGGCUGCGCAGCAAGGGGUACCCGCUCUUCAUGACGCUGCAGUGGCGCAUCCGGCCGCUGCUCUGGCGCUCGCUCUCGCGCCGCACGUUCCUGCUCACGUACGCGCCCGACGAGGAAGGCGACUCGCGCAAGGCCGCCGUGCUCAAGCUCGCCGACUUCCGCACCGUCCUGACGUACGUCCAGCGCCGGCUCGAGGGGUACGUGCCCGCCGCGCCGGCGCCCAAGGCGCGCCACCACCACCACCAGGCCAACGUGAACUCGUACCUAUUGAAGGCGGUGUCGAACAGCGCGGGCCAGCCGCUCAAGAACUCGACGCUGGCCCCGCCGCCGGGAGGCGUCAAGGCGCUGAUGCCGGACGAGGGCGUGCUGACGGGCAAUAUGCCGGUUACGGACCACCACGUCGAGAACAUGGUCAUGUCGCUCAUCGGCCAGGAUUUGGUGCACGGGUAUAUAGCGCAUACGCAGGGCGCGUUCGCGAUCAUCGGGAAGAAGCAGAAGGGCAGCGCGGUGGCGGCCGGGUGGCCGAAUGUGUACGAGGUCAUCGAGGCGAGGUCGGCGGAGAGGGAGAUUCCCGGGUGGGUUCAGGAUCAGAGUUAGGAUCUAGACAGAGAGCGGUGCUAGAGGGGGAGAAACGAAGAGAUCGUUAGAGAGCGCAAAAAAAGGGGAGGGCGGGGAGGAGAUAUAUACCUAAAAACCUGGGUAUAAGUGCAUUUGGAUUCGACGAAUCCCGUUUAUCGACUAUACUAGUCUGGCUAGUCAUAUAGUAGGAUUGCUAGACAUGGUUUCUGGCUGGCGUAAUGAAAUUACGAAUGAUACCCCCA